CUUCUAGCGUCAAGGAUGGCUACCGCCGGGAAGGUGAUCAAGUGCAAAGCGGCGGUGGCAUGGGAGGCCGGGAAGCCGCUGUCGAUCGAGGAGGUGGAGGUGGCGCCGCCGCAGGCCAUGGAGGUGCGCGUCAAGAUCCUCUACACCGCCCUCUGCCACACUGACGUCUACUUCUGGGAAGCCAAGGGCCAAACUCCAGUUUUCCCUAGGAUCUUGGGCCAUGAAGCUGGAGGCAUCGUCGAGAGCGUCGGAGAAGGCGUGAUUGAGCUUGUGCCGGGUGACCAUGUCCUCCCGGUGUUCACCGGCGAGUGUAAGGACUGUGCCCACUGCAAGUCAGAGGAGAGCAACCUUUGUGAUCUCCUCAGGCCCGUGGAUCGUGGCGUGAUGAUCGGCGAUGGGCAGUCUCGCUUCACCAUCAACGGGAAGCCGAUUUUCCACUUUGCCGGGACCUCCACCUUCAGCGAGUACAUCGUCAUCCAUGUCGGUUGCCUCGCGAAGAUCAACCCCGAGGCGCCCCUCGACAAAGUUUGUGUUCUCAGCUGUGGCAUCUCUACUGGACUUGGCGCCACGCUCAAUGUCGCAAAACCAAAAAAGGGUUCCACGGUGGCGAUUUUCGGUCUUGGAGCUGUAGGACUUGCUGCCAUGGAAGGGGCCAGGAUGGCUGGUGCAUCAAGGAUCAUUGGUGUGGAUUUGAACCCUGCAAAAUACGAACACGCUAAGGAAUUUGGAUGCACAGACUUUGUGAACCCAAAGGACCACACUAAGCCCGUGCAAGAGGUGCUUGUCGAGAUGACCAAUGGCAGAGUCGAUCGCGCGGUUGAGUGCACUGGCGACAUCGACGCCAUGAUCGCCGCCUUCGAAUGUGUCCAUGAU